ACAGUACAUUUCGUCAAUCGUACACCUCAAAUUCUGAGGGUGUCGGCCAUUUGAUCUCCCUCCUCGCGUUCCACAUUCCUCCGCCAAUCUGCAAAUCACAAAUUCACGUACCUGGUAUGAUCUGAUCAAUUUUCUGUUGUUUUUUUUUGGUUCAAUUGUUGCAGUUGCAGAUCCGAUCCGGAUCCCUAACCACUCACCCACCGUUUUCGGCCGAAUCGGAACGGUAUGGCGGCCGCGCGUCGGCUCCGGGAGCUUCAAUCGCAGGCGGGGAACAAGAUCUGCGUCGAUUGUUCGCAGAAGAAUCCGCAGUGGGCAUCGGUUUCGUACGGCGUGUUCAUGUGCCUCGAGUGCUCCGGCAAGCACCGCGGCCUAGGGGUUCACAUCUCCUUCGUCCGAUCCGUUACCAUGGAUUCGUGGUCCGAGAUCCAGCUGAAGAAAAUGGAGCUAGGAGGGAACGAGAAGUUGAAUAGCUUCCUUUCGAAGUACGGAAUCCCUAAGGAAACCGACAUAGUUGCGAAAUACAACACGAAUGCCGCCUCCGUCUACCGCGAUCGCAUUCAGGCGCUCGCCGAAGGCAAAUCAUGGCGUGAUCCUCCUGUCGUAAAGGAAAAUUUGAAUUCCGGUAACAAUACUGUAAAGAGUAGCAGCAAACCUCCGUUGAGCGGCGGCGGCAGCGGCGGUAGAAAUGGCAAUUCUGGGGGUAAUUCAGGCUGGGAUGAUUGGGAUAACUACGAUGAUGGAGGAGGUUAUAAUGGAAGCAACAAUAUUAGGAGAAACAACACGGUUGGGGAUUUUCGCGGUUCUGGUAACGGCGGCAGCCCUCCGCCGCGAUCAAAAUCGACACAGGACAUCUAUUCUCGUGCUGAAUUGGAGGCGUCGGCUGCUAAUAAGGAAAGCUUCUUUGCAAAGAAAAUGGCGGAGAAUGAUUCGCGACCUGAGGGCCUUCCUCCUUCCCAAGGCGGGAAAUACGUUGGAUUCGGAUCGAGUCCCGCGCCUGCACCAAGAAAUACUGCUGAUGGCGACGUUUUCUCGGUUGUAUCUCAGGGAUUUGGCAGGUUGUCGAUGGUGGCUGCAUCUGCAGCUCAGUCGGCUGCAAAUGUUGUUCAAGCUGGGACCAAGGAAUUCACUUCUAAGGUAAAAGAGGGCGGCUACGAUCACAAAGUGAACGAAACCGUAAACGUGGUAACAGCAAAGACAUCCGAGAUCGGACAAAGGACAUGGGGAAUUAUGAGAGGCGUAAUGGCUUUAGCCUCGCAGAAAGUCGAAGAGUACACCAAAGAAGGCUCUGGAAACUCCGGCUCAGGCUCGACUUGGCCGCAGAAAGAAGUCAAUAAUAAUAACGCCAACACCAACGGCUACUAUCCCGACUCCGGGCACGGAUGGAACUCUUCCACCCGUCAACAGUCGACCUCUUGGGACGACUGGGACAACACGACCCCUAAACAACACGAGCCUUCUAAGGGCACGUCGUCGUGGGACGACUGGGACACUAAAGAAACCCGGAGAGAGCCCUCGAAAGGUAGCGGAGACGGCUGGGCCGGCUGGGAUGACCCGAAAGCCGAUGACGACGACGACUUCCGCCGAAGUCCGGCGGAGCACAAGAACAACACGAAGGUGGAUAACAAAUGGACUGAUGGAGGCUUUCGUUGAGGUAAAACUUGUCUUAAUGCUUUUUCUCCAGAAAUUUUUACAGAAAGAAAUUUUAUCUGAUUGAUGAUGGUGUUUGUGCUGUGAAAUUAGAGUUUGAUGUAAAACAUGCAAAAAUUGUUUUUCUCUGUUUUUUUUUUUUUUUUUUUUUUUUUUUUUUUUAUAUAUUUGUUUUGAAUAUUGAAUUUUGA